CACGGAGACGGACACUCAUUGCUUCUAAUCACUGGUGGGAUGGAGGGGGGAUAGCCGUGUAGAUAUAUCUCCAUACCUCUUUUUUUCUUUUUAUGUUGUUUUUCUUUCUUUUUAUUUUUCUGGUACCUCCAACGCUCUUCAUGGAACUGACUGGCUUGGGGAGGACAGAAAAAGCAAUUCAGAAAGCGCGCUGAACUCAUCAGCUGACAUCAGCUUAAAACCGGGGGAAAUUUCUCUAUUUUGCAGCUGCCCUGUGUUGAGGACGAACGGCCACUACGCACACUUAUCAACGUCACUGUCACUGCCAUGCCUCGAUCUGGAGUUCCCCAGCAUGCUUAGUUCUCUCUUCUACCUAAUCGCUCAGGCCUUCUGAUGCCUUCAUGACUCCAGGCCACCUGGUUCACAACUACCCAGUCCACUUCUACACCUGCUGGAAUCAUCCAGACACAUCCCUUGCAAAGGGUUACCUUUGCACUUGAUGCAUGGAUCCUGAAAGGACCGGGGGCAAAGGAAAGAGGAAGACCAUGCUCCUCUGGUGGAUUUUACUUUUCUCCCAAGGAUCUGUAUUUCACAGUGUUUGUGGGGAACUCCCUUUUGUGUCAAGCAACAAUGCAGCCAUGCUGGUAAACUGGAAUGCUGUUAACGGAAACAAGAAGCUGAUCGCCAUCUAUGACACCAGCGUCAAUGAACCGGGCAACAUGUCUUUUGUGAAGGAGACGGUGGAUAAACUACUUAAAGGAUACGACAUCCGACUGAGGCCGGACUUUGGAGGGCCCCCUGUCGCUGUUGGCAUGAGCAUAGAUGUGGCCAGCAUAGACAUGGUGUCAGAAGUCAACAUGGACUACACAUUGACUAUGUAUUUCCAGCAGUAUUGGAGGGACAAGCGCCUGGCCUAUGUGGGAAUCCCUCUCAACCUGACACUUGACAACAGGGUUGCUGACCAGCUCUGGGUCCCCGACACCUACUUUCUCAAUGACAAGAAGUCUUUCGUCCAUGGAGUCACAGUCAAAAACCGCAUGAUCCGCCUGCAUCCAGAUGGGACUGUCCUCUAUGGACUCAGGAUAACUACAACAGCAGCAUGUAUGAUGGAUCUCAGGAGGUAUCCUCUGGAUGAACAGAACUGCACUCUGGAGAUAGAGAGCUAUGGCUACACCACAGACGACAUCGAGUUCUACUGGAAGGGAGGCGAGUCGGCUGUGACGGGGGUGACACGGAUCGAGUUGCCUCAGUUCUCCAUUGUCGAUUACAAGCUGGUGUCCAAGAACGUAGUCUUUUCCACAGGUGCCUACCCUCGACUGUCUCUGAGCUUCAAGCUGAAGAGGAACAUCGGCUACUUUAUUUUGCAGACGUACAUGCCAUCAAUCCUAAUUACCAUCCUCUCCUGGGUGUCCUUCUGGAUAAACUAUGAUGCGUCAGCAGCCAGAGUGGCUCUAGGGAUCACCACUGUGCUAACCAUGACCACUAUCAACACCCAUUUGAGGGAGACACUCCCAAAGAUCCCCUACGUUAAGGCUAUCGACAUGUACCUGAUGGGCUGCUUCGUCAUGGUUUUUCUGGCCCUGCUUGAGUACGCCUUCGUCAACUACAUCUUCUUCGGGAGGGGCCCACAAAUGCAAAAGAAACUGGCAGAGAAGGCAGAAAAGGCCAACAACGAGAGGGCGGCUAAGUACGACGCGGCAAGGGAGGCAGGUAGUAGGACCGCGUCCCUAAAACGGUCCAAUCAGGUUAAAGGUCUUCGCCACUCACGCUCGGCAGAGCCACAUGGUCAUGGGAACAUUCUGCUGACCACCCUGGAAAUCCAUAAUGAAGUGGCAGGAAGUGAGAUCACCACCAGCGUGGCAGACAUUAGGAACUCUCAGUCCAUGGUGCAGCUGGACAGCACUGCCUCAUCGCACAUCCAGUAUCGCAAGCAGAGUGGCGGAGUCGGUCCAUGUUCUGCUAGCCGUCACUCCCUGGACCGCUCCGCUCAGAUGAAACGCAGCCGCCUGCGGAGGCGGUCCUCGCAGUUAAAAAUCAAAAUCCCCGACCUGACGGAUGUAAAUGCCAUUGAUCGCUGGUCACGGAUCAUUUUCCCUUCCGUGUUCUCAAUCUUCAACCUCAUCUACUGGCUCUACUAUGUCUGAUUGGACUGUUUUGUUGAGGUGUUUUAUUCUGGUUUGUUUUUUUGUUGUUGUUUUUUUUUGUGACUUUUUUCAUUUCAUUUGUUUUUCUUCCUUUUCUCUGUUGCUUUUAUACAUGAUGGAAUCUGCCACGUUGAAGACUGUAACACAAUAAGACAAAAGUGAAAAAGAGACUGAGAAAAGACUACCGAGUUUUGGACCAAGUUCUCAUUUAAGUUGUUUUUAUAUUUGCAGUGUUUGAACCCUUAGUACCGAGUUCUUUUUAUUUUUGAAAGUAUGUACUGUAAUUGGGAUUUGUGACAGUCAUUUCCCAACACAUUUGCCCUCUCAGUAAUGUGUAAAUAGCAAGAUACAAAGCCAGCAAUUGAAUAAAUAUUACAGUAUUUGCAAAAAAGAAAAAGAAACAAGAACCAGUUAAGUUAAAGAUUUUUCUAAUCAAAAAAGUAAGAAAUCUUUAUACUACACAGGUGAUCAGAUAAGUGCAGGCAACUCCUAGAAAUCAUUUACCCUAUGCACUAUUAAUGCAUGUAAUGAUCAGCCGUAGAAGAAAAAAAAAUGAGUACUUUUUGCCUUCGGUAAUAGCACAACUUCACAGCAACAAACCAAUGUGUGUUUGUUUAUAGCAUUAAUAAUAUACUUCCUACUAAAUACAAUUUAUCAUGCAUUGAACUGGUAAACCUUUACCCAAACACAAUAUCUUCAAACUCUUAACAUCCCCCAGGUCACUGGCAACCCAUUUAGGGGUAGGUUUAGGCUAACAUCUACCCUUUUUUAAAGACUUUAUCACCUACUUGGAACAUCCAGAAAAAAAACUGUACGGCCAAAAUGAAUGUACUUCAUUUGAAAGGUAACAUAGUUUCUUCAAAUGUGCCCGUUUCCUAUGUUAAUUAAACAGAACCCUAGAACUGACCCUAGACUGACCACCGAUGACCAGCUGGAGGUUAGGAGUUUGAAGCGGAGGUUUUUGUCCUCUGUUCAGAAUGAUUAUGACUCAGGUUCUGAAUUUUUUGGGUGUCUUUUUCUUAAAAACCAAACAAAAAAAAUGUCGCUGAAAUAACUUUUUUGGUCAUUUGAUAAGGGGAAUAGAAAAUAAUAAGCACAACUAUGACAACUGCCAUUUCUUUCCUCUUCUACCUUCAACCAACAACACUUUUCAAGUGAUAGCAUGACAGAAUUGCACUUAAAUUUCUCCAACAUUCUAGAAAAACUGUUUAAGAAAACUGCCAAGGGCCUUUUGGGCAAUACAGUUAUUACUUAUCUCAUGAAAUAUUAUGAUAUUUUUGUACUCUGCGUCUUGAGGUCUUCAUUUGAGUUCCUAAUCUAUUCUUGUUUUCUUUUGCGCCAUCUCCGUUGUGGUAAUAGAAUAAAAGACCCAUUUUUUGUACAUAAGUUCAUAGGUGUGUAUAUAUAUAAAUGUGUAUAUGUAUAUAUACAUGUGUAUAUAUAUAUCUAUAUAUAGCUAUGAGAGGUGGGAUCAAAAAGUUCCAGGGAUGGGCCUCUGAAAAUUUAAAAUUUGGCUCAGUAGACUUUAGUUCAAGGUUAUCUUCUCACGUACCAUUCACUGUUAACAGUGCAUUUUAAGGUCACUUAACAGAAGUCCUGUGUUUCUCUAUUGCUCACUGGAUCCACUCAAGUAUCUCAACAUUUCAGAUUGAUUUUCUUUUACAUAAUCUGGAUGAAGCAAAUCUAGCAAACAGAUUUGUGUUGAUGUUGUCAAGAAAACAUGCAUUUUGAAUGCACUUAGUGCUGACACACCACAGUUUUUGUAGUUCCGUGCUAAAUGUUCUGCAUUGAUCCCUCAAGACAUUACCAUAGAGGUCUGCAUUGACUGGCUGAUCCCUGGACAAAUUCCUGUUGCAAAAACCAGUGAAUUCCAACAAAAUGUAUGACAGUAACCCUGUCACCAGUGAUGAUAAUUCCAAUACUUACUCCACAAUAAGUGUUUCGAUGAAAAUCACUGUGUUGGGUAAUUAACAAAUCUACAAGGCAUGUGAGAUGACAGUAUGUCACCAGUUGUGUAAGACAACAAUCACGCUCAGUCAUGGUACAGGCAAUUGUACGUAGUGUACACCUAAGGACAGAAUUUCUAGGCAUAGCCAGGUGGCAGAAAGCUUCCACUUUGGUGCCCUCAGAAUCUCAUCACUGCUUUUUGCAGAUGAUGUGGUUCUGUUGGUUCUAUGAGGUGGGGAUCUCGUGCUCGCACUGGAGCAGUUCGCCAGUUGAUCUAUGUCCCUACCCUCACUUGUGAUCACAAGCUGUGGAUGCAAGCGGCAGGAAUGAGUCUAUUCUGAACUACUGUGUUAAUGCAGCCAGGGAUAUAACCACCAACCUAAAUUGUGAGUUAGUGGAAGGCCUACUCUACAGCCACCCCUAAAUAAAUUGCCCAACUUUAAUAAAUUAAAAACCACAAAUCGGCAGUACAAAAAAGUCUUUUGGUCUCUAUGAAUAGUUUGCCACUUCAUCAGCAACACUAAAUGGGGCUAAUUUUCUUAUAAUUCACCUACCUGGAUAAUUGUUUUGGGCUCAAACCAAUGAUCACAUUGUCUGUCAGUUCUUGUGAUUGGACUCUGUGGGGCCUCAUCUACUUCUUUCAGUCGUUAAAUUGGACUGCUUCACUGUAGGUUUCUUCAUGGUGCCUUUUUGAGCCAUUUUAAUUGGUUAUCUGAUGCUUUGCUGUGAGGUAGAGACCUUUCAAGUAGUUCAACCAAUAUAAUUUAUGAACACAACCAGCUAGCUGUCAUUAGCUGCUAACUUAGGACUCCAUCUUUUUAUUCAUUCAUUUCUGGCUCCAGAAACAAACAUGGCAACCGCUAAAACAUUAACAUUAAAGCUCCAUAUUUGACACCCAUAACCAGUGGUGACAAAAAUGAUCAUCCAUGGUGCCAUGUUUUAGUCCUUUGAGAUAUAUAUAUAUAUAUAUAUAUAUAUAUAUAUAUAUAUAUAUAUAUAUAUAUAUAUACACACACACACGUACGUUUAAGAUGUGCUGUGAAAAUGACCUUGAACAGUAGCUCAGCCAAAUUAAACUCUGGUAUGGAUUUUGAUUUUCUUCGGGAGCCUGUUCCCAGAAGUUUUUGUUCACAUCUCAUAUAUCCCUGCGUGUACAACCCCAAAAUGAAAAUGAUCUUUUUGUGAUUGUCAUACUGGCAAUUAACAUAAUUUAGUAGAAAGAAUUAAACUAACAGAUCUGUUUCACGCAUCCGUUUAGUUUUGAGCAUUUGUGGGGCACUCUGAAGACAUUCCUACCCAAUAACUCCACUCAAGACACUGUAUGUAUGUUCAGCUGUACUGAGUGAUGCAAAUGGAUUCCAUAGAGCCCGAAGAUGGACCAAGAUAACUGAUCUGUCGUGUAAACAAAAGCACAUACUAGUAUUGAAUGUAUCAGAUCCAUUCUUCAGGGAGAGGAUAAUGAGCCAUGAUCAUAAUUUUUCCAUCAGAAUGUAACACCCAUUCCUACAUUGUGAGUGACAAAUAGAAUAGAGUGAAAAAGUAAAAAGAUGGUGCUUUACUAGUGUGUGCAUGUGCAUGUGUGAUGGAAAGUGGAUAUGGAGCCACUGAAAGCAAUGGCAUUGGUAGAUUAUUUGUUUUCUUGCUGCUUGCUCAACUAUGGACAAAUGUCAACAUAUAAUAGUUUUCUGGAUUAAAAAUAGCUCUACUGUCAGACUCUUUUGACAAACUGUGUGCCAUUCCACCUAAGGUCGCAGAGCCAUCAACCAGUUAUAACUUGAGGAUGUACAUUUGAAGCAUUCUUGAUCAAUUGCAGAUACAUGGAAUACAUCCACUAUUUGUGCAUGUACAAGAAUACAUGUAGAGAAAAAAAAAGGUUAUUGAUAACUGAGUUUGUUGACAGAAUACAAUCAGUCAAGUUUUCUUUGUACAGGUUGAUAUAUGACUAAGAACUGAAUGUAUUGUACUUGGAUUGUUUCUGCACAAUUUCAGUUUGCUUACUGGAAAAAGGAUUGACCUCAGUACUGAUUAAUAUAGAGCUCUUGUGACCCCAAAUCACAUUUUCUGCUGUGUAUACAGGCCUGGAGGCAAAUAAGAUCAGGGUACAAGAAAGAAAUGGCAGCGAAAUAAUACAUAAGUCUGCUUAGGCAUAAAGUUAAGAAAAAUGUACGCUUUUAUGCAACCUAACAAGCAUCUAGCCCUACAAAGUUGCCCCAGAGAUGACCUGAAACAGACAUUCUGCUUCACAUUAUAAUAAUAACAACAAUAAUAAUGGUAUUAUACUAAAAUUAUCAGCAGUCCAGUCAGAAGCACAACAGAGGGUGUGUGUAAUAUGGUCUCCAAUAGGAAUUGUAACUAAUGGCGCUAAAUGGUUUUAAUAGUUGCAUAUGCUUAUGCUUCAAGAGAAAUAAACCCAGAUAUUUAUUUAUUACAUUUUGCAAAUACAGUAUCUGUAAUAUUUUGCUGAAAUCUGUGAAAAAAAUAAAAAAUGGAAAUAUUAUGUUUUUGUCAUAAGCCAGUCAAAAAGAACAAACAAAAUUUGCACUUUUGGGCCCUGUUCAUUCUGGACCAUUACCUGAUCGUAAUACAAUUCCAGCUAGCAAAAGCUUUUAAAUAUAUUAGAAGUUCUACGGUAACUCUGUGAAGUAGUUCAUCUGGUAUUGGACAUGUCAUCCCCUUGAAGGCGAAAUCUUUCCAAAAAAACUUUACCCAACGGUGUGUUACCAGCACAAAUGGAGACUACAAAAUAUUUUUGGAAAUCUAGAAAAUAUUGCUCAAUCAUCAAGUGAUUUCCAGUAAUGUGGAAACAAUUUUAUUUCACUCAGAUACAAAUUUGUCUCCACAUCGUCAUCGACUAGACUUUGUAUGUAAUUGCGCUACAUGUUGUUUUGCAAUGAACACACAGUAAAAGAAAAUGUCUUUGACUUUGGUCUUGGUCACAGAGCAUUGUUUGGGAAUAUCUUGCAUGAAUGCAAAAAAGUAAUGAAAUAAGUCUGUCCAAAGAAGAUUCAAACUGCUUUGUGUAGUUUGAAGGACAAUAUUUGUACACAUAUAAUGUUGAUGAAGCUUCAGUCUAGUGUAAAUAAGACUGAACAUGGAAGCUAAAGAAAAAACCUUUUACAACACGUGUCUAAAAAGAUCUUCCUAGCUAACUGGUUUGCUUUGAAUUACUUUUGGAUGAUGUGCUGGCAUUACAACUGGUCAAUGUGUGAAUCUUUUUUUUUUUUAAAUUACUGAACUACAAAGCGCAGUUUACGAGUAAAAGAAGGCAAGUGUUAUAAACUCUAGAUACCUGUUUAUCAUGCAUGCAACUACAAUUCGUAACUUUGGAGAAUUAAAAAGAAAAAAAAGAUUUAUUGCAAACUCAUUUAUAAGAGCUGUCAGCUGCUCAUUUUAGAAAUGACACAAUGCCGUGUGAGCCUACAUCUAAUAAAUAAAUAAAUAUUAAAAAAUAAAAUAAAAAAAUAAAAAAAAGUCAUUGAAUACUUCAGGUGUUGUAUGGCCUUGGUCCCAUAAUGGAAUGUGAAAUGUUCUGUGCUGCCACAAAAUGUAUUUAGGCUUAGAUUUAUACUGUAUAUCUCUGUAUGUUUCUCUUCCUUUUUCGGUAGAUUUCCAUGUUAAAACAUCAAAUAAAUGAUAUACAUUGUA